AUGCUCCGCGAUGCUUUAAUCAAUGUUGGCUUUUUCUACCUACAAAGGCCGCCCGUUUCACCCGAUCUUCGAUCUGCUCUUAUCAAGAAGGGAUUGGAACUAUUCGAGUGCCCGGUAGAAAAGAAGCUAGAGAUUGAAAUGGUGAACAGUCCCCAUUUCUUGGGCUAUUCUAGACUUGGAGCUGAGAUUACUGCUCUGAAAUCCGACCAUCGCGAGCAAUUUGAUUGGCCAGAUGAAACCUCGGUCCCGGGAUUUCGUAAUACUCUCGAAGAAUACCUAGCCGAAGUCAGUCAACUGGCAUCAUCGUUCACGGAGCUUAUUGCAGAAGCGUUGGAUCUCCCAGCAACGGCAUUGAAUCAAGCAUUUGAAACUCCUCAACAACAUAAACUCAAACUAAUCAGAUACCCUACUCCACCACUCUCCCACGACUCAGAUUCUGGAUUCCAGGGAGUCGGUCCUCAUAAAGACUCCGGCUUCGUGACUUUUCUUCUCCAAGCUACAUCACAUCAUGGCUUGGAGGUACAGAAUAAAGAAGGGCAAUGGAUCCCUGCUUCACCAAUCCCAGAUUCCUUCGUGGUGAACAUUGGCCGAGCUCUCGAGGCGUUGACUGGAGGCAUUUGUACAGCGACUACCCAUCGUGUUUCGCUGCGAAAAGAGAACUUCAUCGACCCUAAUGGCAAUCCACUUGGGGCACGAUUUUCAUUCCCUUUUUUCCAAGGAGUCAGCCUCGAUCUCUCCGCCGACAAAAUCAAUAUAGUCAUUCCAGAGCAUAUUCGAGACCUUGUGAAGGAUGAGAAAGUCAAAUCUGAUGCUGAAGCAACAUUCAACGACAUAUUCAAGAACAAGAUUGGUGAAGGCACAUUUAUCGCUCGGAUAACGAGUCAUCAGGAUGUUGGACAACGAUGGUAUCCCGAUAUACUGGCAAAGGCUCUGAAGGGCCAACAGGAUUUUGUGACUCAAUAA